UGUGUGUGUGUGUGGCAUGUGAACCAUGAAUGGAGCUGGGAUGGUACCGUGAGUACUUGUCCUUACUCAGCACUGGUGCUUGUGCUGACGGUGCCAGAGCUCUCCGCACCGAGGAACUCGGCACAGGGUCAGUCGACUUGGGGUCAGACUGGGGGCGGAGUGCAGCCUCCAUUAACAGGACCUUCAGGUGCUGAUCUCUAUCCUUUAAUGCCCUGGGCCAAAAGGUCUUGCAGAUGGUGCAACGAUCCUUCUGAUGGUUCUCUCCUAAACGCUUCAAACACGAAGUGUGAGGAUCGCUUCUGGGUAUACAUGUGCCGCAGACUUCGCAGGCUUUGAAGCCUGGAGACCCGGGCAUGCCCUGGCAUCGAGAGAGUGUAGGAGGGGAAAGAAAACAAUGUAACACUAAGGGCUGCUGACUAUUUAAUUAACACUACAGAGCUAAUGAAAACUAUGUAUAUAGACUGCUAAAUGCACUUGCCAAGACAAGAGCAUAGGAAAGUUCCAGCUAAUCGUCACUGGCGGUAAGAAGGAACUGAGGGGGUGGUGGGUGGGCAGGGCUCUAUAUUUGAAUGUCCUAAAGGCACAACUCCAAGGGACACCCAGACCGACCCAACAGAUGCUGCUAUGGGAAAAUCUUCUGACUACCGUGCAUGUGUAUGCGUGCACACCUGAUUGGAAUGGACAUGAACAGGCACUCAGAAGAAUACACUGUUUUGGUUACCUCAUGUAGCUCUAAGGAGAGUAGUUUUCUUGACCUUCAUUAUGUUAAGGUCAGCUUGUGCCAGACUUCAGAGCGCUGAUAAACUUGAAGAAUCCCAAUAGAAAAAGCCACCUCAGUGACUAACAUUCUGUUGCCCUCGCUGGUAUCAGUUACCCUUCAAUUAGCAGCUAAAAUCUGAAAUGCACAAAGUAGUAAUGGCUAUUGACAAGAAGCUUGUAAAUGAAUGGGCAGUUCUCCCAGCCUUUCAAAGAGAUCUGAUGAUUCAGCAUGGCAGCACUGCAAGUGCCAAGUAUGAGAUAAUCAGACCUGCAGAGCCAUAGGCCGGAUUGUUUCUGGAAUGACUUUGGUUCUUUCUAAGCUAUUUUCACCUCUUGUUGGUUACCAGUCCUGCCUUUUGGGAGCAUGAGCAUCAUUGGCUCUGGACUCUUGUUUAAAGGCACUUUGUAAAAUAAUGUAUUGUUUGCACAAAGCUUAAUGGAAUAAGUAACGCCGAUUGUAAAGGGAUGUAAUGAUGGUUAUAUAGCGCUUUCACCCCAAAGGAUCUCAAAAUGCCUUACAAGCUAUAUACAGCCACAUAUGCUACAAAGUAUGAGCAUCUCAUGACAUCUGGGUAUCUUGUUAAUUUCCUGAAUUGACUUUUUGGUAUAUUGCUAGUAACUCUUUUUGUGAGCACACGAUGGCGCCGUUGAAACCAGGUAGUUUUCAGGCCUAACAGUUUGCUCCAUGAAUUUGUUCAGAGCUGAGGGAAAACAUGCGUGUGUCCUGUGUGUUGAUGCUGCAUGCCUAGUGGGAGUGUCAUAACAAAUGGUUGAGGGAAUGGCAGAAGGAGGGGACGCCGGUGCUCCGCCCAUCCAUCUGUGGGUGCGACGGGUAGGCGUCUACUGUGAUGAACGCCGUAAAACAUGGCUCGUGGCUGUGGAAGAGGAGGCAGGUACCCUGAGGGCCCGGAUUCAACGAGUUCGGGUCCCCCUGGGUGAGGCACUGCGACCCAGCCAACUUCCCCCAUCGCAACUGCCUCACAUGUGGCAGCUUUCCGAGGGCGAGCAGUACAGGGAUAGUAACUCUCGCAUUUGGGAGAUACAGCACCACCUAAUGAUCAGGGGAGUUGAGGAGCUGCUGCUUAGACUCAUGCCCGGUGAUUAACCUGGAGCGGUGCCUCUAGGAAGAUGUCCCUGUUUGUUUUGUACAAUAUAUGAUUCUCCCACCUCAGAGGUGGGAGGUGGCAGCUGUUU